AUGGGCGAUGAUACAUCACCAAUUGUAAAUGAUCAAAACACAGAAGUUGAAAAUAAUCAGGAUACAAAAUUAAAACAAACUGAUGUCGAUAUUCAACGAGAGACCUCAUUACCAGCCAUUAAUCAUCAAAAUUCAAAUCAAAUACAACCAACAACAUCAAUUGAAUUAGCGAACGAGGAAAAUACUACUGAUCAGAAAUCAAAAGAUGAUGACAAAGAGAACCUGAUUUACGAAAUUGGGGAUGAACUGAUUCAUGAUGAUCCACAUACAUCGUUUUUACAACCACUUCUGAAUGAUAAACAACAUUAUACGACUCCGUCUAAAUCAUUGCCUCCAUUAAAAGAUCAAGACUUAAUAGUUACUCCCAAACUUUUCGAUGUAGCCAAGGAUAAUAAUGACGAUCAUGAACUAGGUAACUCAACAGCUAUAGUUGCGAGUUCACCUAUUAGAAACAAUAUACUACCGCAAACACUGAAUUUGGAUGAGGAUUCAAUCAAAUUAAUUAAAACUUACUUGAGCGUUGACUCAGAUACUUUAAGCUCGAUCCAUGAUGAAAAACUUUUUAAGAACUUAGUCUUGAAAGCUCAAGAUAAUAAAAUUAUACUAUCUCAAAACGAAAAAUUAAAAUCAGAUGUGGAAUUGAGUUCAAAAACUAAUGCCAAUAUCACAAACAAACUACAACAAAAAACCAUUGAAUUCGAUAAAGCAUUGCUCACUUUACAAAAAGAAAACUCAAAUAUUAUUUCCCAAUGCAACGAGCAACAAAACAAUAUAAAAGAGCUUCAAGAGUAUAAUGAUCAAUUAAAUUCAAAACUUGGUGUUUUAAAAAAAUCAGAAGAAGAAAAAAUAAAUGAGAUUAUAGAAUUAAAAGAACAUCAAAGUCAAACUGAAGUUAAAUACCUACAGAAAAUUGAAGAAAUAUCAACAAUGAACGUGGAGCAAAGUAAAAAAAUCAAUCAACUAGUAUCAGAGUAUAAUAGAUCAGAAAAUGAAAGGUUCAACAGUAAAUUAGAAUUAACCAAGGCACAAAAUGAAAUCAAUUAUUUGAAAAAUCAAAAAGAAUGGUUUAAUAAAGAAUUAGAAUCAUCUCAAUCCAAAUUAUCAGAUAUAAUGAAAAAAUAUGAACACGAAAGACUUAAAAAUGAAUCACAAUCAUCAGAUUUAGUACAUAGAGCCCAUAAAUUAGAAUUAUCAUCUCAGACUCAGCAAAAAUUAAUUGAUGAAUUAAAGAGCUCCUUAGAAACACAACAAACCAAAUAUUCUGAAUUGGAAAAAAAAUCAAAAACAAUUGAAGAUCGCUUUUUAAAAGAAGCAAAUGCAACGAAGGAAUUACUAGAAUUGACCAAACUUCAAAGUGAUCAACGUGAAGCCAGAAUUGAACAAUUGGAAGCGUACUCAGAUGAUCUUAAAUACAGAUCUGAUCAAUCAAUUUCAACCCUCAAAACUACAGUAACCGAUCAAAACGAGGAAAUAUUAGAGUUAAAUGAGAAAGUGGAUAGAUUAAAACUAGCUUUAGAUUCAAAAUUAAUAUCAUCAUCAAACGAUCAUAACGUUGGAGAAGCGGGAAUUUCAUUAACUGAUUUAUAUACUGAAUAUAAUCAUAUCAAAAAGCAAUUAACUAUUGAAAGACUACAAAAGGAAAAUAUCGAAAAACAACUCGAAGCUUUCAUAAUUGAAUUAGAUUCGAAAAAGCCCGCAAUGGCCAAUUAUAGGGAUCAAAUAACUUUUUAUGAAUCAAAUAUCACAAAACUACAAGCAACAAUGGACUCAUUAAGUUCAGAAAAACUAGAGACUGAAAAAGAUUGUAAAAGAUUAAGAUCAAGAUUGGUUGAUAAUGAAAAUGAAAUUACAAAUUUGAAAAAAGUAAUUCAAGAUUUGGGACGUCAAAUGUGUUAUUAUUUGAUUCAUUCUCAAAUAAGAGAAAAUAAUGCCGAACCUUUAUCGUUAGCGGAAAAGAAUCAUAUUGAAAAAAUAUUAGCAACCACUGGUAAUUUUGAUGACAUUAUAGAAUCACAAUCUGACAAAUUACUCAGGGAUAGACUUUUAGGUUUUAAAAAUGUAAAAGAGCUUUUGGAAAAAAAUCAAGAAUUAUUUUCAACAGUAAGACAGCUCACAAAAAGAUUGGAAAAUACAGAAGAGGAGAGUGACAAUAUAGAAUCAACUGCCAUUGAUGAAGCUCAGGAAGCAAUAUUGUCAUUAGACGCUGAGUUGGAGAAAAUCACUGCCAAAUUAAAUGCAGUUACCAAGGAAAGAGAUGCAUUAAAGAAGUUUAAUUACAAUUUAGCUAAUGGAGUUGAAAAUAGUACAAUGGUUGAAAUUAAUGGAAAAGAUUCAGAAUAUGAACAAAUAAUAAACAAAUUAAAAGAGGAAUCCUCAAAAUCAAUUAGAAAGUACAAAGAAGAGCUUGAACAAGUCAAACAUUCUGAAAAAGAACUUACAUCUCGGUUAUCUUUAGCACAACAAUCAGCAGCGUUCAUGGAAACUAAAUUGUCAAGUAGUGAGAAAGCAACCAAAGCUGCUAUUGCUGAAAAAGAUCACAUAAAAUUAGAUUUGGAAUAUAUGUCAAAGCAAGUCAAUAAAUUUGAGGGACAACUUAACGAAAAAAUUCAAAAAUGUCAAGAUUUGGAAUUGAAAAUAUCAGAGUUCAAACUAACGAAUACUUCCCUUUUACAAGAAAUAGAAUUCACCAAACAAAUGAACGCUACGUUAAAACAAGAAGCUUCAAGUUUAAGAGAUGAUAAAUCAAAAGUGAAUGAAUUGAUCCAAAACUUACAAACUAUGUUAAAAGAAAAAGAUUUAUCAAUUAAAGAAUUUUCCAAGAAACUAGAUGAAUCAAAUGAAUCAAUAAAAGCAACUCAAUCAAAAUUAAAUGAAAAAGAUCAAAAAAUUAACAUACUAUUAAGUCAAUCGGAAAUGUCUUUCAAGGCACAAAAUACCAAUUUAGAACAAAUUAAUGAACUAGCAUCACAAUUAUUACAAAGCAAAAAUGAGUUAAUGGAGAAAGAAAAAAUGAUAGACCAACUUAAAAAAUCCGUAUUAACCAAUUUAACUGCUCCAGAAAUUCAAAAAUUGAAUGAUGAUUUAAUACAUAGUAGAUCUCGAAUAUCACAACUUUCAGAAAUUAUACAGAAUAAAGAAAAGUCAAUCGUGCAAGCAAAUGAAGUGUUUAAAACAGAAAAGGGACAAAUUCAAGAUAAAUUAAAAGAGCAAAUAGAUGUGAACAGGGCUCAAAAAGAAGAGUAUAAUAAAUUAGAAUUAACAAUAACUACAAAAGAGCAAGAAAUUACAUCAAUAAAACAAAAAUUCGGUGAAAUUGAAACUCAAUUGAAAAAAUCAUUAGAAAAAGUUGAAAAAUUAAAUAAUUUAGAAAAAAUUUAUCAAGAGAGAUUUAAUAAUCUUAAUAGCAGUCUUACGAAUGAAAAAAAUAUAGCGAAUAUUUUACAGCAAAAAUUACAAGAAGAGUCAAAUAAAAUUAAACCCUUGGGUCAACAAAUUGAUUUAUUGAAAGCACAAGCUGAAGAAAACGAAACUAUCAUUGCAGAGUUAAAGAAAGAAAAUAUAAGAAUCAAACAAAUUGAGGAUGAUUUAGAUUCAAAAAAUUUAGAUCUGGAAAGUGAAAAAGCCUUGUCUCGCAAGAAAAUUAAUGAAUUGGAAAAUCAAAAUAAACUUUUAUUUAAUCAAUUAGAGUUAUCAAAAACAGAUGGUAACGCAGAAAAUCAAGAUGGUUCAGAUGAUUUCAAACAAAUUCUUGAAUACUAUCGUCGUGAAAAAGAAAGUAUUGAUUAUAAAUUGUCAACAUUAGAAGAAGAAAACUCAAGUUUGAAAAAUAAAUUAGAACAAUCUUUGAAAGCAGCUAAUAACAAUUCAGUAGCAUCACAAUCAUUAAAUGUAACUGAUAAUGAUAAAGAGCAAGCUGCUUUGAAUAAUCAGCUAGAACAAAUCAAAAUAUUAAAACAAACAAAUGCAUCCUUAGCACAAGAAAAUAAUAAAAAAGUUCAAGAGAUAACAAGCUCAAAGAUCGAAUUGUCAAAAUUACAAAAUGAAUUAACUGCAAUUAAACAAAAAGCUCUGAACCUGAAUUCACAAGCAACUGUUGAUCAACAAAGAUUGAAAUUAUUGACGGAAGAGAAUGCCAGAUUAAAAGCUAUAUCAGCUAGUAAGGCACCAAAACCAGAGACACCAAAAGGUCCAAGUCCAGAGAUCUUAAAAAUGCAAGAACAAAUGGAGAAAUUGAAAACAAAAGCUAAUGAAAGAAUAUUAGCAAUGAGAAAAGAAAUCGACUCCAGAGAAGAAGAAAAAAAUAAACUCAAAACCAAAGUUGAAGAAUUAAUUAAAACUCCUAAUGAUCAAUUAAUACAAGAGAAAAAUGAGUUACAAAAAAAAUUAACAACAUUGGAAUCAAAUUUUAAAUCACAAUUAGAAAAGGAAAAAGAAAAAUUAAGAUCAUCCUUAGUUAAUGGAAAUGGUAAUAAGGAUGAAUUGAAAAAGAAAAAUGAUGAAUUAUCCAAAAAGUUAGAAGAUGAAAAUAAAUUAUUUCAAAUAAAAUUAAAUUCAGAAAAGGAAAAAGUUAGACAAGAAGUUGAGAAAAAAUUUGAAUUCAAAUUGAAAAUGUUGAAUAGGAAGGUUGAGAAAUUUGAAUCAGAGGCAAAAGUAAAACAAAGCCCACAACCAUUAACUCAAACUCAGCCAUCAAAUCAAGCUCCAGUAGUGCACACACAAGCUAAUUCAACUCAACCUCAAUCUAUAUCACAGCCUCAAACAUCUUCAAGUUUUCCAUCUUCCUCCGGGAACACUUCCCUUCCUUCAUUGGCAUCAAUUUCACUCAAUACUCCUGUUAAAUCACAAAAUGUUCAACCGAGUUCCUCCGUACAAUCUGGAGUUACUUCAAUUACAACUCCAAGUAAUUCAAAUUUAAAUAAUCCUGCAUUUCAAUCUAAACCUCAAGCAAAUAAUUUUGGUGCUGCAUCUAAUAAAUAUGUGAGACCUAUUCAAUCACCUUCCAUUGCACAAGAUACACAAUCACCAAAGGUGCAAGCUCAACCACAGGCUCAACCACAGGCUCAAUCACAAGCUCAACCUCAAGCUCAACCUCAAGCUCAACCACAAACUCAACCACAAACUCAACCACAAACUCAACCACAAACUCAACCACAAACUCAACCACAAACUCAACCACAAACUCAACCACAGGCUCAAUCACAAGCUCAACCUCAAGCUCAACUACAAGCUCAACCACAAACUCAACCACAAGCUCAACCACAAACUCAACCACAAGCUCAACCACAAGCUCAACCACAAGUUCAACCACAAGUUCAACCACAAGUACAAUCGCAAGUACAAUCACAAGGACAACCACCGUUGCAAACACAACAACAAUCCGAAGUCAAAGCUCAAAAUUCAUCAGCUACAGAGACAUCAUCAAAUAAUUUAAACACAAUUACAACUACGCAACCACCUGCAUCAACAAAUAAUACACCACCUACAACAGUUUUACCAUCACUUCCACCAAGAUCGUCAGUCCCACCAAUAUCAUUUGGGCAACCUCAUGCAGCAUCAACUUCAAUGAUAAAACGUCCAGCAAUUGCCAAAACAGAGGCAAGAAAAAGUGCAAAUGCAAAUGCUGCAUUAUCUACUAAUACAAAUGAUACAACAACUGCCAAACAACCACUCAUAUUUGAAAGAAAGAGAUCACUAGAAGAUGAAAGACCAAAGAUCAAAAAAACUAAAAAUCAAUGA